GCUCUCUCUCUCUCCCUCCCUCUCCCUCUUCAUCACUCCAUCCCUCUUCCAUCUUUGUUGUGUUCCCUCUCUCUCCCUCUCUCCUUCCAUCAGCGAAUACGGAAGUGAGAGAGUGCUAAGGGAGAAUAUGGAAGGAGCGAGAUUGACAGUGAUGAUGAUGGUGAUGGUGGUGAUGGUGGUGAUGGUGGCAGGAGAUGUACCGUUACCUUCACAAAACUUAAUUAGUGGCACAGACAAGGUGGAUGAAGUAGAGGAUAAAUGGAUGAAACAAGCCAGAAGAGGAGGAGCGCUUCCCAACCCUCUCCUAUUCAAGUUCUCCCAGGCGCCCCAUCUCCGCGUGGUGGCAGAAUCGUGGCCUCCCCACAUCUCGGUGACCCCAGGGAGGGACGGUGCGCCCACCACAGCGGCGGGGCCCAUGGCAACCUUUCUAGAGAACUUGGCUUCCUCUCUCAACUUUACGUACAGCGUGGUGCAGGGGGACGGUUACUGGGGCGCCCCGACGGACAACGGAACGUGGAAUGGCAUGAUUGGGAUGGUUAUGAGGAAGGAGGCAGACAUGGGUUUAGGUCCCUUCGGCAUGACCCACGCCAGGAGUCAAGUGGCUGAUUUCACCCUGCCCAUCUUCAGGGAGGUGCUGCACAUCCUCACAGCACGCCCACGCCCGCAGCCUCAGCCCUGGGGUUUCCUGGCGCCUUUCACAUGGGGUGUGUGGACUACCCUUCUCUUAAGCAUGGUGGUGUUGACUGUAAUGGCCGCUGUUGUGGGUCGGUUACUGCCAAGCCUUGAAGAGAACGACCACUCCUCUUCCUUCUCCUCCUCCUCCUCCUCCUCCUCCUCCUCCUCCUCCUCCUUCUUCGCCUUUUUCAGUCACUUAUUCGCCUACUACCAGCACCUCGUUGGCCAAAGCACGCCGUGGAUGCCAGAGAGACUCACGGAGCGUCUGGUAUUGUGGCUGUGGCUUAUGACUGUGUUGGUACUUAUGAGGACCUACAGGUGUGUGUGUGUGUGUGUGUGUGUGUGUGUGUGUGUGUGUGUGUGUGUGUGUGUGUGUGUGUGUGUGUGUGUGUGUGUGUCUGUAGUUAUCGUUCAUCAUAAAAAAAAAUUCCAAAACAAAAAUAUUUCUCUUGGUCUUUUUAUUUUUCUUAUCUUCUUCCUUUCUUUCCUAUUCUAAACAUCUUUCUUUCGCUCUCAUUUCCUCUUCCUUUCUCAUCACCCCUUGUCUCUCUCCUUCAUUCUCCCUCCCUCUCACCGCUUUUAAUCUCUCCCUUCUGUCCCACUCUUCGUCUCUCUUCCAAGCCCUCUUCCUUACCCUUCCUCUCCCUUCAACGCCUUCCUCCUCUCCUCUCUUCUACCUUCUCCCCUCUUCCUCUUUCUUCCUCAUCCUCCAUCUUGUCUUCUUGCUUCCUUU